AUGAUAUGUGCUCUAACACCUUAUCGUCUAUUACUAGGCAAGCUGUCCAUUGUAAACUCCUGCGGUGCCGAUGAGAGUCCCAACAACUUUUUUAUCAGGCAUGUAAAUGCCCAAACUGAAAAAACGCAACAUGAAUCAACAAAGAAUCUUAAAAACAAUUUUCAAGAUUUGAAUUUUAGCGAAAGGCAACUAGAAAUUGAAAUAAAGGAUGUUAUUGACGCGACCAACACACUGAUUGCGACAGGAUGCACACUGGAAAAUGCUCUUCAAGCUACGGAACCACCUGAAACCAUCUCAACUGACAACAUCAAUAUAAGAAAUCACAGGCGUCCUGAAGAAAAUGUUAUUGACGAUGUUCAAGAGGCAUUGAUUAAAGCAACAAAGGAGGUUCUGGAGCUGGUGGCCAGUAAUAAGAUGCAGGCAGUUCUACUUGAUACAACAGCCGGUGUACUGAAAAACACGAGUACCAACAAGCAGUUCUUCCCAGCGGUGGCAUCAUCACAGGAUAAUCUAAGCUCUCCUGAAGAAAGAACCCAGGAGGUACAUUAUGCAAUUUAUGCCGCCGAAUACGAACGAAUGGCCAGUGAACGACUUGUCCAACUGUGCCAAAAUAUUAUACAGGACGUUGCAAAUGACCUGCAACAGCAAGCUGACCAGGUAACGCAUUUCAUUCUCCACAACGUCAACGUUCUGGAAGCAGCCAAGAUCCGGCUCAAAACCAAGCUUAAUGAGGUCUUAGCUGAAAUGAAACUGCAGCAGGAAACUAUUGAAAAGCUUCACGCCGCAAUUAGAGCGAAGGACGAUCCCGUCAAGGUGGUGCAAACGCGUCUCCAUCUGCGCAGACAGAGGUGCGGCAAGGACCUUUGCGAGGACACACCUCACUCAAAGUUAGUGUCAGAGAUAGUGGAACUUGCGGACACCAUGGACGGACUCUUGCGGAAGCUAGAAGAAGCUGAGACGAGAAUGAAAGAGCUGGAGACCUGCCAAGCGAAGCUGGAGCAGGAAAUAUGCCUGAAGCAAGACUCGAUUCGCAUUGAUAAGACGCAGGUUCUUCCCAGGCGACCCGGUCAGCCAAGCUAUGUUCGUCGUCUCGGGCGCGUCAACGUCUUCUAG